AUGAAGACGAGCCGCCGCGGCCGAGCGCUCCUGGCCGUGGCCCUGAACCUGCUGGCGCUGCUCUUCGCCACCACCGCCUUCCUGACCACGCACUGGUGCCAGGGCACGCAGCGGGUGCCCAAGCCGGGCUGCGGCCAGGGCGGCCCCGCCAACUGCCCCAACUCGGGCGCCAACGCCACGGCCAACGGCACCGCCGCGCCCCCGGCCGCGGCCGCGGGGAGCAGCCCCCCCGGGGGCGCGCUCUACAGCUGGGAGACGGGCGACGACCGCUUCCUCCUCAGGAAUUUCCACACCGGCAUCUGGUACUCGUGCGAGGAGGAGCUCGGCGGGCGCGGUGAAAUAUGUCGCAGUUUCAUUGACCUGGCGCCAGCAUCGGAGAAAGGGGUCCUGUGGCUGUCGGUGGUCUCCGAGGUGCUCUACAUCCUCCUGCUGGUGGUCGGCUUCAGCCUCAUGUGUCUCGAGCUCUUCCACUCCAGCAGCGUCAUCGAUGGUCUCAAGCUCAACGCCUUCGCGGCCGUCUUCACGGUGCUCUCAGGCCUGCUGGGAAUGGUGGCCCACAUGAUGUACACGCAGGUGUUCCAGGUCACCGUGAGCCUCGGCCCUGAAGACUGGAGGCCCCAUUCCUGGGACUACGGGUGGUCUUUCUGCCUGGCGUGGGGCUCCUUUACCUGCUGCAUGGCAGCCUCUGUCACCACGCUCAACUCCUACACCAAGACGGUCAUUGAGUUCCGGCACAAGCGCAAGGUCUUUGAGCAGGGCUACCGGGAGGAGCCGACCUUCAUAGACCCUGAGGCCAUCAAGUACUUCCGGGAGAGGAUCGAAAAGGGGGAUGGGGACGAGGAGGAGGACCUUCGCCUGGAUUGUCGCCAUGAGAGAUACCCUGCCCGUCACCAUCCACACAUGGGCGACUCCUGGCCGCGGAGCUCUGCACAGCAGCCACACCAUUUGGCCGAUUCCUGGCCCCGGAGUUCUGCACAGGAGGCGCCAGAGCUGAACCGCCAAUGCUGGGUCCUGGGGCACUGGGUGUGACCAAGACCCAGCCUGGUCCACAGAACUCAGGCCGGCGGCAGUGGCACCAGCCCCUGCCACCAAAUCACUGGUCGGCGCCACCGGAACCUGGCCUGUGUCUGUGAACUGGGUGGAGAGACACCAGGCCCGGCCUGCCUGCCGCUGUUGGGUCUCAGGGCUCUGGAAACGGCCAGGGCAGCUGAGGGAAUGUAAGGGACACAGAGUGACUUUGGGACAACGAACUCUUGCCACCACAUGCUGAGUCCUGCUGGUGCAGCUGGAUGCCAGCAAGGCACGGACAUCGGCUGCUGGAAGCCUGGGCACCCACGAGCCAGCCAGGAAGCUUGGGAGGUGCCCAGGUGCAGAGCCGGGGGCGGCAGAGGCACUGCCUUGCGGGGUCACCAGGCAGCCACACAGUAGGGCUCAAUAAAUGCUUGUUGAACCUGUGUUCCUACUGUGUGUGGGGGCCAGUUGCUCUCUGGGCUUGGCUGCCUCCUUACAGCUUCUCUAUCAGGUCCUCAAGGAUCCUGAGGGUGACAGCCCUGAAUGCGUGGGGUCAGCUGUGGGGCUCUGAGAGGAGCCUGGGCCUGGGGGACAGGGGGUAGGGUAGAGCCAAGUUGGGAGAUUGCCUUGGUUUCAGAUGUGGACAAGGCAGGGCCAGGGAAGUGGAAAAUGUGGGGUGGGCAAAAGAUGGGCCCUCGAAGCCAGGCCCUAAACUGGGAAGAUGGAAAAAACAUCUGACCCCCGCAGGGAAACCCUCUACUUUCUGUCUAGAGCCACCUGUACCUCAAAUCCUAGGGCUCAGGAAAUAGAUCCCUAUAAUUAAGAUGAGGGAACUUAGGGUCACAGAGAUGAAGUAACUGGAAUAAGAUCACAGACUGAGCAAAUGGCAGAGCUGGGGUUUGAUUCAGGAUUCCUAAGCUCCAAAUUCUUCCCAGAAGAAUUUCUAGAGCUUUCCCCCAAGUAGAACAAAUUCUUUACUCUUCCAUAAAUGCAAAGCUCCUCCACCCAUCCAUCCAACUAUCCAUCCAUCCACACAUUUGUCAUCCAUGCACCAUCCAUCCAUCCACCAUCCACCUUCACCUCUUUCCCAUCCAUCCAUCCAUCUUCAUCCAUCAGUUGUCAUCCCUCCUAGUGUUAGACAUCUACCCAUCCUUUCAUCCCUCACCCCUCCUCAUUAUUCAUCCAACCAGCUGUGUUUCCAUCUAUCCAAUCAUAUAACCCACUGUGCCCCUACUAUGUGCCAAGCACCAUGGCAGGCAUGUGAUGGGUGUCUGUCCUCACAGAGUGUGUAGAUGGGCAGGAUGGGGAAGCACCCAGAGGUCACAGCGCAGUGAGUCAAGUGUUCAGGUGCCCGGCUCUGGACACGCCACCUGGCUUCAGAUUCCAGCUCCUCCUCUUGAGGCCUGGGCCAGUUACCUGAUGUCUCUGUGCCUCAGUUUCCUCAUCUGUUCAGUGGGAGUAAUCUUUAUACCUACCUCUUAAAGCUGUUCUGAGAGUUAAGUGAGUGGACGUACAUGACACAUUUAGAACAAGAGCCCUGCACAGAGUAAAUGCUUUGUUUGGGGGUUGCUAUUAUCUGGAGGAGGGGAUGUCAGGGCGGUGGAUCCCAAAGUCAGCACCUGCAGCCGGGGAGAGGUUAGGGAGCAGCUAGGGAAGCCUCCUUUGGGAAAAUGGCCUUUAAGCCAAGAGAUGAAGUUUGUCUAGAUGUCAGGCAGGCAAGGGUGCAGAGCGGAAGAAAAUGGGGAACGUUAUGGAGCUUCAAGAUGGUCCAGAUGGCAGGUGUGGAGGGAAGGGCUGCAGCAGCGGCGGUGGGAAGUCAGGCUGCAG